AUUUCGACUUCAUUAGCUAUUAAUGGAUUGUUUGUCGUCGGAUCCGCAUUUUUAUAUGUUUCACACUUCUUUUAAAUUAAUGUCUUAUUGUAUACUUUUAAUUACCUCGCUGCAUGUUCAGAUUUGGGAAGCAAAUACAAUUAAUGUAAGUGUUAAUGCUAUUUUCAUCCGUCUUAUUGUAUGAUUGUCAGCGUUUCUAAAGCCAUUCUCAACACAGAUGGACGUGAAAAGCUUAACAGGUUUUCAACACAACUAACACGUGGUGAAACGGCAAUAUCACCUGACAGGUUACGCUCAUAUUAAUGUGUCAGGUCCUAUUUGGGCUCACCGUUUCCUUCUUUGGUCUCCAAGAAUGGAAGUUAAAGCUGGAUCAGUUCUGCCACCUGGUGGUCGUGCUGGGUAAAACUGUGUCGUGUUACAUUCUGGGACAUUAAUAGACCGGCUUGUGCUGAAGGUUUAUUGGAACAACAACCGAACGAAAGGCAUUUAGUCUGAAGAUCCGUGUUUUAAAAAGAGAAACAGGACUAAUUUGAAAUAAAAGACUUUACAUGACUCCUGCUUGGAUCCCGGUGCCCCACAGUUCCAGUGAAGGGUGAGUGAAGGUUGCAGUCUGGCAUUUCUGUAAAUAGUACAGACCAGCGCCUCUGAAAUAAGGGCCUGAGGCUAAUGUAGGAGCCUGCAACUCAGAUGAAACAGCACAGAAGCAUCUGCUCUCCUGCGUUUGCUCUUCUGGAAAGCCCGGCGCCGCCAUGUCAAAGGAGACGUUUCCCUUCACGUCGACCUCCCUGCGCUCCCUGAGGCUGGAGCAGGAGCACCAGGAGUGGGAGGAUGCUCGGCGACAGCUGGCCCGUAGGAGGUCCAUGAGCAGGGCCCCGCGGGCCCGGGCCCCACGCCUCCCUCCCAGUCGGCAGCGGCUCCAGGAGGUCCGGGCCCCCCCGCCCCCGGUCCGGUGCCGGGACCCGGCCGUGCACAACACCUUCAUGUGCGGAGACAUGAGGGGCGUGUACGCCGUCCUGAAGGACAGCGCCAUGGUCAACGCCGUGAUGGAGACGGUGCACGAGGAGAUGGUGUGGACCCCGGAGAUGGGUACGGACGCUCAGGGCGCGUGUCUCGUGGCGCCGCAGGUAAGGCUCAGCGUAACCCGCCACUGUCGCCCCGCCAGGGAUGUGGACGCUGAGCUCCAAGGUGAGGCAGACGUCUGCGCUGCGCCUGGCCGCCAGCAGGGGGCGCGCGGGCUGCGUGGAGGAGCUGCUGUUCCGCGGGGCCGAGGUCAACGACGACCCCGGGGGGUCCACGGCGCUCCACGACGCCUGCGCGGGGGCCCACGCCGCCUGCGUCCAGCUGCUGCUCUCCCACGGAGCGGACGCCGACCUGUUAGCGGCGGACGGCAGCGCCCCGCUCCACCUCUGCGCCUCCGCCCAGUCGCUCCAGUGAGCGGUGGUAGUGCUGGUCUGUUACGGCAAGCAGAUGACGUCAUUAGUAACGCGUGCUCUCCUUUUCCCAGCUGUGCCGAGCUGCUGCUAGACGCAGGUGCCGAUGUCAGCGUGAGGACGACGCAGUCGAGGCUCACGCCGCUGCACGUCGCGGCGCGGCGCGGCCUCGAGGAGCACGUGGAGCUGCUCCUGAGCCACGGCGCGGACGUGUUGGCCACCAAUCAGGAGGGGGAGACCCCCCUCAACGCCGCGUGCUCCGGGGCCGACAGGCCGUCUGAGGCCGGCCGCUAUCUACGCGUGGUCCAAAGGCUGCUGCACGCGGGCGCUGACCCCAGAACAGCGGGCAGGAAGCGGCACACGCCGCUGCACAACGCGUGCGCCAACUGCAGCCCCAGGAUCGUGGAGGUGCUCCUGCGGCACGGAGCGAGGGCCGACGUGGCCAACUGUGCAGAUUACACGCCCCUGGACUGUCUGCUGCAGGUGGUUGAAGAUUACCCGGACCAGCAGCCUGAAGCAGUAGCGCGGUCCCUUCUGAACCACGGAGCCAGGCCUGUUCCACCAGAGAUGUUGAGGCAGUGCGUCCCGUCUCCCGCCACCCUGGAGGUGCUGCUGAACGCCUACACGUCCGUUCCUCCCUGCGAGUGGAUGGACUCUCUGUCUGCGCAUGCGUACGAGGACCACCGGCCGUUCCUGGACCUGGUGCGCGAGCGGAGCGGCCAGCCGCGCUCCCUGCAGCACCUCGGCCGAUGCGCUCUGCGGCGCCUCUUAGGAGCCCGCUGUUACGUCACCGUCAGCCAACUGGACAUUCCUCCAUCUGUGAGGGAGUACGUGCUGCUGAGGAAUGACGGGACUCUGCAGUAACGACUAGUUAAUCUAAGAUGACGUUUGUAUGAACUGACAUUUGUUUUGCCAACUUUAAAGUAUAUUAAAUAAACUUUUUUUGAAUAUG